UUCCCGCAAAGCAGCCUCGCAGAGCGACGAUGCGGCCACCGCCGGUGCGAGCGUGGCUCCCGCGCGCCCUGAUGCUGUUGGCUGCGCUCCUGGCCACCGGCCGAGGGCUACCCCUGAGGAAGCGGGAUCCCGGGCCCCACGGACCCUCGAGGAUGGUGGAGACUUCGCCUGCCCCAGAUCCCGGCUCUCCCCAGGACAAGGGGGCAACAUCAGACUUCGCUGGAGACCGUCUUCAGACAGAGCCAUGUCAACCCAGGAGUCAGACCCUCCCUGAGCCAGCAGCUCUGACUCUGGGUACAACCACCCCUCCUAGGACCCUGGAACGCACACCCCUGCUGCUGGAGCUGAAGAAGCUGCCAGGAUUGGCCAACACAGACUUGAGUGCCCCGAACCCCAACAUCCAGGUGACCAUCGAGGUGAUGCAGGACCCCCAGGCUGAGGUGGAGAUGGACUUGCCCUCUGAGCCCAGCAGUCUCUGGCCCCUGCAUGCCCCCAGCUGGUUGCCCACCAGGGAGUUCUUCUGGCCCCUCUUCUGGGGCUACCAGGAAGGCGAAGACGGAGGCUCCAGCCUCAAAGACACAGCCCCAGGGGAAGUGCAGGAGGAGGAAGACAAGGGUUAUGCUGCAGAGUACGGUGAUGGGGAGGACCAAGAGGGCAGCGAAGAGGACAAGGAUGAGGAGCUGUGGUCCAGUGGGGCCACCGACAACUGGGACUACGGCUGGUCGGGUCCUCAGGACCAGGACUUCAAGGAGCCAGACAGCUAUGACUAUGAGCCUCAGGAGGAGUGGAGCACCUGGUCUCCCUGCAGCGGGACCUGCAGCAGCGGCAGCCAGCAGAGAUCUCGGCCCUGUGGCUAUGCCUGUACUGCCACAGAGUCCCGCGUCUGCGACCUGCCCCCCUGUCCUGGCACCGAAGACGAGCACACCCUGGGCUCUCCCAGUGAGGGGUGGCAGCCCCUAGCCCACAAUGCUACGGAUAUGCUUGAUCCAGAUGUAGACAGCUGUGAGAAGUGGCUGAACUGCAAGAGUGACUUCCUAGCGAAGUACCUGAGCCAAGUGCUCCAGGACCUGCCCAGCUGCCCAUGCGCAUACCCUCUGGAGGCUGUGUACAGCGCUGUGAGCCUGCCGGAUGAACAUCAGGGCCGAAGCUUCCAGUGGCGGGAUGCUAGUGGCCCUCGUGAGCGCCUGGACAUCUACCAGCCCACUGCACGCUUCUGUCUUCGCUCCAUGCUGUCAGGCGAGAGCAGCACACUGGCUGCCCAGCACUGCUGCUACGAUGAAGGCAGCCGGCUGCUGACCCGAGGCAAGGGGGCGGGAGCUCCGGACCUAGUCAGCACCGACUUUUCUCCGGAGCUGCACUUCAAGGUGGAUACGUUGCCCUGGAUCCUGUGUAAGGGGGAUUGGAGUCGCUACCACACCGUGCGCCCCCCCAACAAUGGCCGGGCCUGCGCAGAUAACCCACCCGAGGAAGAGUACCUGGCCCAGCUGCAGGAGGCCAAAGAGUACUGAAGCUGGACUGGAGAAUGGCGCUUCUGCCCUUUAUCCCGCCCCUGCUGGGACUGGGCAGGCGUUAGGGUUCAUCUGAGAGGCCCUCUGGCCUGCAUACCCCCUCUUGUGACCCUGAGUCAGGAGAGCCCAGGUAUCUCAAGGAUUGGUGAGAAGGUUGGAGGGUGUGUCAGGGUUAGGGCCGCUGUGCUGCAUUGGGAAUGUGUCUGUGUCUGAAGGAGAGGAGUUGUCCCAGUCUGGCCUCGCGCCCCUUCUGCCGCUCUCUCUACUCAGGAUUGAGACAGAAUGUUCCAGAUGCACCCAAGUUCCCAGGAUCUGCUGUGAAUUCCCCAGCUCCCCCAGCCCCCCAUGGCCAGCUGAGGAAGAGCACAGGAAGGGGGUAGGUAGGGGAGGACAGACUUUCGUCUGGCCCCACAGCUGCCCUUUGCUGUGCUAGCAGAGCCACGGCGACCACCCCUCCUCAUCAGGGGGCUUGAGAGGACAGCUGGGCGUUGAUUUUAGGCAGGGAACCACCAGCUGUCUCUGGUCCUUCUUGGUUCCAUGGUCCCCAGAUGGCAGGAAUGUGUGGGCGGCCACUGCCAUGGCAGCCAGGUGUGGGAUGGGCUGAGGAGGGUGUCGUGCCUGUAGUAGAUGCUAAACCAGGAAUGUGACAGGGUAGGCAGUCCUAAUGUUCGAUGUGGGCUUCUAUGUGGUGUCGGUACCCACACCAGCUUCGAGUCCCCACAUGGCGAGGCAAAGCCCUGGAAUUGGACUUGGAGUCGGGAGAUGCGCGCUUCAGCUCCCAGCACACCUGUGCCUCUUCCCAGACACUUCUUGUCCCCCAAACAACCACACUUCUUUGUCUUCCCUGGAGGGAAAUGUUGAAGAACCAAUGUUUGGUCUCCAUUCACAAAUCCUCCAAAAGGGCUUGGAAGGGGACUUGAGUUCCAGCCCCCUUCACGGCUGUCUGGAAGCUGUCCUGGAAUCCGCAACAAUAAAGCACUUUAUUUUCA